GCUCACCUCUUAUCAUCCCAUGCUGCGGUGAAAAAAAAUCCGAAGGAAAGGGAAGAGGAAAUAUUGAGGUCCUUCUGACGUACCUCUAGUAGAAAGUAGACGGCUCAGUUGAGGUCGAGCUCGUUGAGAAUGCUCUCGUCUUCGUUAGUUCUACACCGGAUCGAUCGGAAGUGAAUUUGAUUGUAAUCGCGAGAUGAUGCGAGAUAUACCGGCAGAGUGAUAAUGAGAGUGAUUAACCGGUAUUGAGGAUUCUUCAUUCGUGAUUUCGAACAUCGGGCAGAUGUGAAAAACUUGAUGAAUCGAAUUCCCCGAGUAUUCGAAAUAUUACGAAGACAUGUGUACGUCGAGGGACCCCAGGGAGAUGGAACCGUUAGAGAAGAAUAAGAGAAUGGUUCCAGUGAUCUUCUACUCAUUGAUCCUGGAUCUCCUGGCUUUUACCAUGAUCCUGCCGCUGCUACCGGCGUUGCUGGAUCAUUACAAGAGCCACGAUGAUGAUGGAUUGUACUCCUGGAUUCUAGGGUGUAUCGAUAGGGUUCAGAUAAGACUGAAUGCGCCCGAGAGAUUCACCUCUGUCUUAUUCGGGGGCUUCAUCGGAUCGAUGUAUUCAUUCCUACAGUUUCUGAGCAUGCCGAUUGUCGGGGCUCUCUCAGAUAUCUAUGGGAGAAGGAUAAUGAUGUUGAUAUGCUUGACAGGAGUCACAGUCUCGUAUCUAUUGUGGGCAUUAUCGCAUAAUUUUAUGAUUUUCGUAUUGGCGAGGCUCGUGGGUGGCGUUAGUAAAGGAAAUAUUAGCUUAUCAAUGGCUAUCAUCACGGAUGUCACGUUACCGAGUAAGAGGGGACGGUCUAUGGCAUUAGUUGGAAUAGCCUUCUCGAUAGGAUUUGUAUUGGGCCCGAUAAUAGGAGUCCUAUUCUCGCGGAUAUCGAGUGGAUCGAGGGAUGAUUACUGGUACGUCUACCCCGCGGUGUUCGCCUUCUCCCUUUCCCUGGCGAAUCUGGUGUACGUCGCCCUCUCCCUGGAGGAGACGUUGAGCCUAAAAAAACGCUCGAAAUCCCUUGCGCGAGGGCUCUCCGGGGCGAUAAUGUACAUAAAUCCAGUGGAUUUGUUCCAAUUCAAUGGAGUCAAUGCCCUCGAAGCGGACGACUUGAAGCGCCUGAGAACGCUGGGACGCGCGUAUUUUUUGUAUCUAUUCAUAUACAGUGGACUGGAAUUCACUCUGACAUUUUUAACGCACCAUGCGUUCGGCUUCACCAGCAUGCAGCAGGGGUACAUGUUCCUGAUGAUUGGAAUGACUAUGGCUAUACUUCAGGGGGGAUUCGUGCGACGAAUUCCCGCGGAUAAAACUAAAUUUUUCACUGAAUUAGGCCUGUGGCUAAUAAUUCCAGCCUUCCUAAUAAUCGGCAUAGCGAGCUCCAUCAGUGUCCUCUACAUCGGAAUAUUUAUUUUCUCAGUGUCAACCGCAAUGGCUGUUACGUGUAUGUCGACAUUGGUAACUCGUAUUGGCCCUGAGCAUCAGAAGGGUACCAUUACCGGGAUAUUUAGGUCACUGGGAGCACUAGCACGUGCCAGUGGACCCAUAGUCGCCUCCAUAGCAUUCUGGAGCAUUGGCAGCGCUAUAACGUAUUUAUUCGGAGCUCUAGUUCUUAUUUUGCCUCCUUUGAUACUCCACAAUGUGAAUAUUGUUAAUGAGAAGAAGGAAAGUUGAUGAUGAGAUUAUUUACCGUUGGUAUUAGGGACGAGUGAAGUGGGAGAAUGAAGUAAAUUAUGUUUGGUUGAUGAGUUUUUGAUGAAUGUUUCCAAAAGUGAGGAUGAUUAAGGAUUUUUUAAUAACAUUUAGCUCUCUUCGCUCACUUCGCUCCAAAGGAAAAUUGAUGUUGAGAUUAUUUACUAUUGGAAUUAGCGACGAGGGAAGUGGGAGAAUGCAGUAAAUGAUGUUUGAUUGAUGAGUUUUUGAUGAAUGUCUCUAAACGGGAGGAUGAUGGGGGAUUUUUUAUAUUAUGUAGCUCUCUUCGCUCACUUCGCUCCGAACGAAAAUUGAUCAUGAGAUUAUUUCCUGUUGGUAUUCAGUUUUUUAAUGAAUGCCUCUAAUUCGAGGAUGAUGGGGGAGUUUUUAUCUCGUUCAGCUCUCUUCGCUCCGAAAAUUGAUGGUGAGAUUAUUUACUGAUGGUAAUAGGGACGAGUGAAUAAACUCAAUCAUGUUUGGUUGAUGAGCUUUCGAUGACUGUCUCUAAAUGUGAGGAUGUAGGGGAUUUUUUAUCCAAUUGAGCUCUCUUCGCUCAUUUCUCUUUUCGAUUUCAGGAUAAUAUCGAGCAAUAAAAAAUCUAAGCCGAAGAAUUAAUUUUUUUUCGUAUCACCUCAAUUUUUUUCUGACUAUUUUGGAAUCUAGGGGAGAUAGCGGAAUUUUUAAAUGGUGAACCAUUAUAAUGAAGCUAAAUAAAAGCUACAAAUGUCAUUACAAAACUUCCCCUAUCCCCCUAGAAUGUAAAAUAUUUUUUUAAUGAAUUCUCUUCGGAUUUAGGGACGAUUGGAGAAUUCUCGUGAAGAUCGUUUAUAAUAGAGCGAAACAAAAGUUACAAACGUCAUCAAAAAAUUUAAAAAAAUAGUAAUUAUUUAUUAAUUAUUAAUUAUUGUUUAUUAAUUUAUUUUUGAGAAAUAAAACAAAAUCCCUGAUUCCUGGAUUAAUUUACAUCG